AUGAUCUUGAGCCAAAAAAAAGAUACAAAUGCUCAAAAGCUUUCGGAUCACAACACGCCUUGGAGAUGGAAAUCUUGCCCCUUAAUGGCAGGUUUAUCACAACAAAUAUGCGAUAUACACAGUGACUUCACAAACACCGAACUCAGCACAGGAAAGGAUCAAUGGAGCUCUCGCCUUACUGUAGAUGGAAAUUACACAGUGGAAUCACUUAGAAAAAUAAUCGACGUUUCGCCUCUCUCAAACACUGAAAUGUCGGUUACUUGGUGUAAAGAAACCCCUCUAAAAGUCAUAUGUUUUAAUUGGAGAGCUGCACAAGAAUGCAUUCCCACAGCAUCAGCACUAAUCAAUCGAGGAGUUCACUUAACAUCACCUUUCUGCACUUCAUGUAUUGGUGAAUUUGAAGACUCCAAUCAUCUUCUGGUUCAAUGCCCUUUCACUAAAGCUACUAGAGACAAAAUUAUUAACUGGUGUGGCACAUCGUUACCUCCAUCAUCCAACACCAAGGAGUUAGUGAAAUCCAUUACCAAAUGGGGCACAUGUCCAAGAUAA